CGGGAAUUUUUGUGUUUUUCCUGGCAUCGUCAAUGGGGCAGAAUGUUGCCACUACAGAGGCAAUCGGGAGUGCAACGGCAGCCGAUGAUGCACAGGAGAUGAUGCCCUUGAGAUCACCUCCGUGGAAUUUAUUCAACCAUCUCAGGCCAUUUGCACCGAAGCACCACUCAAAGGAGUUCAAGACAUCGUACCAGAUCAAUCCAGAUAUCAUCCACAAGUGGGAGAGUGCCUUCGUAAAAACUGGGAUUCCUGCUUUUAGCACCCAUCUCCUCGCAAAGGAGAAACCACCCACACAUCAGCCAACAUUCAUCCAUGCAUUCAAUGGGCAUGCAGCCAUUCCAAUUUUAGCGGACACCGGAGCUGAACUCCUCGCAGACUACCAAAAGCAUCAGCUGAAGAAGCACAGAAAAACCCUCUGGAAGAAUCUCAUUGUUGGACCACAGAAAGCUCUGAGAAAGCUCGCAAAGAUUAAAGUGAAUUUCUCAGGGCUGGGCGCAUUGUAUGGCACCGAUGAUUUUGGGCAUGAUUUGGGAGGUGGGUACGACGGGAAUACCUGAUAGAAGAAUAAAACACACGAAAAAAGAAGGUCAAAUUGGGCAUGGAUGAUUGGUUUGAAGAAAUAUAAAGUGAGAA